CUGCACCACACAGAGCUGACAGUUUAUUUUAGAGUAGCCCAGACUGUUUAUUUUAGGAUUAUGUACUGAACAAAUAUAGCCCGGAGUUUUCUCAGGUCAUUUUCACAACUUUGUAAAAGAGUUCCUGGCUUCCCACAUUCCUAUCUGGCCGGUUCACAGCGUUUCCUGUCGGUUCUGACAACCAUCUGCCAGCUGGGUGAAGCUGUCGCGGAUGUCUGGUGGGGUGUGAAUGUGAUUGUGAUGCUUUCUUACACACAGCUCACACACACACAGCUCCUUCUGUUUUCUUGUCUGCUGUCUAAUUUUGUGUCGUUUUCACUUUCAGACAAGAAGGAAAGUGAUUCUUUAAAAACUCAAGGGGUAGGACCUAUAAAGGCAUCCUACAUUUUCCUAAAUGGGGACAGAUAUGAGGGGGAGUGCAGCAUGACUGCAUCAGGGGUGAUGAUGAGGAGUGGCAGUGGUAAACACACCUCAGCAGGUGGAAUCAUAUACACUGGAGAGUGGCAUGAAGACAAAAUGCACGGCAGAGGGACCCUGCAGCAUCCCUCUGGAGCACUCUAUGAAGGAGAGUUCAAAGACAACAUGUACCAUGGCACAGGGACAUAUACUUUCCCAGACGGCUCUACUUACAAAGGUCAUUUUCACAUGAACAGGUUGGAGGGAGACGGGGCGUUCACUGACACACAGGGACUGGUUUGGACAGGGGAGUUCCACGGCAAAGCAGCGCUGGGCCUGAAAAUGCAGCACAACAUUUGAGCAAAACAAGCAUUAUUGUGUCUCCCUGUGUAUAAAACACUGUAUGAUAAAUUUUGCAUUCAAAUUUAACUCUAUUAAAAAAGAUUUACCAUCUAAAAACGUACAUACUUUCAUAGCCCUGGAUGCUUCUAUGAGGAAGCUCAGGGAAGUAGCUUUGACAUAUUUUGACAACCUGCACAACUAUCAGUGUUUAUAUGGAAGCCCAUGAAAAAGGAGCUUAUGAGUCAUUAUAAUAAGAAACAAAAUAAUGCUCGAAAUAAUGACUAAUAAUCUCGAAAUUAUGAUUAUGUGUAGUCUUUGUGAAUGUGAUAAAUGCUAGCAGAUGGACCUGUGUUUUUGCCAACACCCAAAGAUCACACACACCCAUGUACUUCUGUGUAUUGGUGGUUAAAUAUCCAUGAGUCACGUCUCUUGCCUGCUUUCACUCUCUCAGCAGUAUCUCCUGUUUUACUGGUUGCUGUGCUCCAACACAGCUUUGCCACACUGGGAUUAUUUUUUCUGGCCCUCUGUCACUCUGCUUCGUGUGGCUGCGACAGGAAGAGUGUAUUACAUGCUACACUUUGAACUAAAAUAAAUCCAGGAAUACUUG